CAAUCUUCAAAAGUAAGCUAUUCGCCACUAACGGUUUGAACAUCCAUUCCACCAGUAAACGAAAAAGUUUGCUAUUGCUUCGGGCGUUUCAUUUUUUGGACUUGGAAGAUUUCUAGGCAUCUUCUUAUUGGGGGCAAGCUGAACCGCUUCUUAAAUUUUGGAUUUGGAACUUUCUCUUGAGAUUUUCAAUUGAAUUGCAUUUUUUUCGUUGCUUCUUUGUUGGCGCACUUUUCUAUUGCAUGGUCUUCCUGUUCUAUCUUUUGUAGUAAUACUCGAUAUCCUGCUGUUCGUAUCGUAUCGCAUCGCCAUUUCUGUUUUAAUUAGAAACUGGAAUCAAGACUACCAUGCCUGCUCAAAACCAUUUAUAUAAAGCCUGUCUGUUUGAUAUGGAUGGUCUCCUCGUUGAUAGUGAAACCGUCUACACCAAAACUACAAAUUUCAUGCUGGAACGUUAUAACAAGGGCCCACUACCUCUUACUAUUAAGGCCCAAAUGAUGGGUCGCCCCGGAGAUAAAGCUGCCGAAGUUGUAAUUAACUGGUCCAAAAUCCCAAUGACUAUACAAGAAUUUGUUGACGAACAACAAGUUAUCCGCGCAAAGUUUUGGUCUUCCAUGAGUUUGAUGCCGGGCGCUGAAUCACUACUCGAACAUUUAUAUACAAAUCACAUUGAUAUUGCCUUAGCUACUUCAUCCAACGUUGCAAAUUACCAAAUGAAAACCAAUCAUCUUCGUCAUGCAUUUGACAAAUUCGGUGAGAACGUUAUUACCGGCGAUGAUCCUCGCAUUCCUCCUGGUCGUGGAAAACCCCAUCCUGACAUAUGGCUUCAAGCUCUAAAUCUUAUCAAUCAAAACCGCGAAAAGCAAAGUCUACCUCCAUUAUCUCCAAAAGAUUGUAUUGCUUUUGAAGACAGCGUUCCUGGAGUUAAAAGUGCAAAAGCUGCUGGUAUGCAUGUCAUUUGGGUUCCUGAUGCAGCGAUUCUUAAUCUUUUCCACGAUCAAUUGAAAGACCUUGUUGAUGAUCAGUGUGAACUUCUGAUGAAUUUAGAGGAGUUUCAACCAAAAAAAUACCUUUCAGGUGCUUAAUCAUCUCUUUACUGAUACUAUAAUAUUUGCGCGUAUGAGCAAAGGGAAAAUGACCCAGAUCAUGGCGCGCCUGAUUUUUUGUUUAACAGAUUAAGCGAAAAAAAAGUUUUUCUGUUUAAAAAAUAUAUCAAAGGGAAAAUGAGAGUUCACGGUUUAUACAAAUAUCCUUUGAUUGUUGUUCACUGUUCAUUGAAGAUAAUAUUAGACAGGUACGGAGGCAGGCAAAAGUAGAAACGAUGUACAUAAUCAUAACAUUCUUUCUAUGUAAUGGAAGAAAUAAAAUACAUAGAAAUCAAAUCAGGAAAAAAGUGAAAGGGUCCUAAUUCUUUUAAUAGAAAAUAAAAGAUUUUGGGAUGGAACGAAAUUCCAAAGAAGGUUAAAAUAAUUACAAAAAGCUAGAAGUUUUCCUGAAAACAUCAACGAAAAGAAACCUAGAGUAAAAAAACGAAGGUGCUAGACCAUAAACUUGGAUUUAGACAAAGAUUAGGUUGAUGAAUAUAUUAAAAAAAAAACUACCAAAGUCAUUGAAAAGAAGGCAAGGUUUUCUCAUCGUGUCGUUCAUUAAAUAUCUGUGCACUGACAAAAUAAUGUUGAAAGUAAUAAAAAGACUGUCAACGUUAAAUAUGCAAUAUGUAAAAAUGUAAACAAUCCGUCAAUACACAUUCAUAACAUAUCUUGACAUAUCUUGGGCGCAGAGGUAAAAGGGG